AUGGCUGGUGCAAUUGAAAACGCUCGUAAGGAAAUAAAAAGAAUCUCAUUAGAAGACCAUGCUGAAUCUGAAUAUGGUGCCAUCUAUUCUGUCUCUGGUCCGGUCGUCAUUGCAGAAAAUAUGAUUGGUUGUGCCAUGUACGAAUUGGUCAAGGUUGGUCACGAUAACCUGGUGGGUGAAGUCAUUAGAAUUGACGGUGACAAAGCCACCAUCCAAGUUUAUGAAGAAACUGCAGGCCUUACGGUCGGUGACCCUGUUUUGAGAACAGGUAAGCCUCUGUCGGUAGAAUUGGGUCCCGGUCUGAUGGAAACCAUUUACGAUGGUAUUCAAAGACCCUUGAAAGCCAUUAAGGAAGAAUCGCAAUCGAUUUAUAUCCCAAGAGGUAUUGACACUCCAUCUUUGGAUAGAACUAUCAAGUGGCAAUUUACUCCAGGGAAGUUUCAAGUCGGUGACCACAUUUCCGGUGGUGAUAUUUACGGUUCCGUUUUUGAAAAUUCGCUAAUUUCAAGCCAUAAGAUUCUUUUACCACCAAGAUCUAGAGGUACAAUUACUUGGAUUGCUCCAGCUGGUGAGUACACCUUGGAUGAGAAGAUUUUGGAAGUCGAGUUUGACGGCAAGAAGUCUGACUUUACUCUUUACCAUACUUGGCCUGUUCGUGUUCCCAGACCGGUUACUGAAAAAUUGUCUGCUGACUAUCCUUUGUUAACAGGCCAAAGAGUUUUAGAUGCUUUGUUUCCUUGUGUUCAAGGUGGUACGACAUGUAUUCCAGGUGCUUUUGGUUGUGGUAAGACAGUUAUCUCUCAAUCUUUGUCCAAAUACUCUAAUUCUGACGCCAUUAUCUAUGUCGGGUGCGGAGAAAGAGGUAACGAGAUGGCUGAAGUCUUGAUGGAGUUCCCAGAGUUAUAUACUGAAAUGAGUGGUACUAAAGAACCAAUUAUGAAGCGUACUACUUUGGUCGCUAAUACAUCUAACAUGCCUGUCGCAGCCAGAGAAGCUUCUAUUUACACUGGUAUCACACUUGCAGAAUACUUCAGAGAUCAAGGUAAGAAUGUCUCUAUGAUUGCAGAUUCUUCUUCAAGAUGGGCUGAAGCUUUGAGAGAAAUUUCUGGUCGUUUGGGUGAAAUGCCUGCUGACCAAGGUUUCCCAGCCUAUUUGGGUGCUAAGUUGGCCUCCUUUUACGAAAGAGCUGGUAAAGCUGUUGCUUUGGGUUCCCCAGAUCGUACUGGUUCCGUUUCCAUCGUUGCUGCCGUUUCGCCAGCCGGUGGUGAUUUCUCAGAUCCUGUUACUACAGCUACAUUGGGUAUCACUCAAGUCUUUUGGGGUUUGGACAAGAAGUUGGCUCAAAGAAAGCAUUUCCCAUCUAUCAACACAUCUGUCUCUUACUCCAAAUACACCAAUGUCUUAAACAAGUUUUAUGAUUCCAAUUAUCCUGAAUUUCCUGUUUUGAGAGAUCGUAUGAAGGAAAUUCUAUCAAACGCUGAAGAAUUAGAACAAGUUGUCCAAUUGGUUGGUAAAUCAGCCUUGUCUGACAGUGAUAAGAUUACUUUGGAUGUUGCUACUUUAAUCAAGGAGGAUUUCCUACAACAAAAUGGUUACUCCUCUUACGAUGCUUUCUGCCCAAUUUGGAAGACAUUUGAUAUGAUGAGAGCAUUCAUCUCAUAUCAUGACGAAGCUCAAAAAGCUGUCGCUAAUGGUGCCAACUGGUCAAAACUAGCUGACUCUACUGGUGAUGUUAAGCAUGCCGUUUCUUCAUCUAAAUUUUUUGAACCAAGCAAGGGUGAAAAGGAAGUCCAUGGCGAAUUCGAGAAAUUGUUGAGCACUAUGCAAGAAAGAUUUGCUGAAUCUACCGAUUAA